AUGGUGGCGACGACAGACUGUGUGGAAAAGUCCAAACCCAUCGCUGGAAACAAGGUAUCCAAACCACUCAUGGAAAAGAAACGAAGAGCUCGCAUAAACAAGUGUUUGGACCAGUUAAAAUCUCUCCUGGAGAGCUACUACAGCACUAGUAUUCGAAAGCGCAAACUGGAAAAGGCCGACAUCCUGGAGCUGACUGUGAAACAUCUAAGGAACCUCCAAAAGAUCCAGAGCUGCACCGCCGCUGCUUCAGAGUUUUCAGACUAUCAAAGUGGUUUCCGCAGCUGCCUGGCAAACGUCAACCAGUAUCUGCUGAUGGCAGACAACUUGAAGGGGAGCGACCGUUGGAUGUUAUCGCAGCUCUCCAGUAAACUCUGCCGCUCUCGUAGACGAGAGGAAGUCUUCAGCACCAUGGACAGCGGUCCGCACCAAGCGGAGACACAGGAUGAGGUGCGGAGGAAUCUUCCGUCCGUAGCAGGACCUGAUGAAAGAAAAACGACUAAAUCUAAAGCUUUGAAACCCCAUAGUGCAAGCACGUCUUCCUUUUUACCGACUGAAGACGCAUCUGGAACCAGACAGGCUGUCCCUGCAGCGGCGCCCACACAAAAUACUCGUGAAAAAAGUUCCAGUAACAAGAUGUUUCACCCCGUCAGUCACAGGAAUGACGUUGCAAACACGCAGCACAAUGUCUGGAGGCCUUGGUAG